GACAAUAAUAAGUUAACAUGAAGUUCACUACUAUCUUUACAAUCGCCGCCGUUGCUGUUGCGGUUAACGCCAAGGCUUACAACCAGCAGAUCACAUGUGCCGCUAAGGGAUUCACUGGAAAGUCAUACGACGAAUCCAAGGUCUGCUGUGAGUAUUCUGGUAACUGUGGAGAUCUUUCUAAAUGCACAGAGAGCUUCUGCAGUGGUUCUGCUCAGCAUGCUCAGCCUGCUCAACAUGCUCAGCUUGCUCAGCCUGGCCAAAAUGGUCGCUCUGGCCGCGCUGCCUACAAUCAGCGGAUCACAUGUGCCGCUAAGGGAUUCACUGGAAAGUCAUACGACGAAUCCAAGGUCUGCUGUGAGUAUUCAGGUAACUGUGGAGAUCUUUCGAAAUGCACGGAGAGCUUCUGCAGUGGUUCUGCUCAGCCUGCUCAUCCUGCUCAACCUGCUCAGCCUGGCCAAAAUGGUCGCUCUGGUCGCGCUGUUAAUUCUGACAACAGUAGCAACUCUGACAACUCUGGCAACACUGAUAACUCUGAUAAGACUGACAAUUCUGGCAACACUGAUAACUCUGGUAACACUGAUAACUCUGGCAACACUGAUAACUCUGGCAGUAAUGAUAACUCUGAGAAAUCUGAGAGUAAGGAUUUCUCCGACAAUUCUGACACUAAAGACAACUCUGAGAGCUCAGCCAGCAAUGAUAACUCUGAGAAAUCAGCCGCCAAUGAAAAGGCUGACAACGAAAAGGCUGACAAGACAGAAAAGGCUGUCAACUCAGGUAGCACUGCCAGCAGCAGCAACGAUUUCAAGAUUACUUGCGCCGAGAAGCGUAAGCUUGACUCCGAUUCUCUUGAGGGUCCCAUCCAAGAGGACAAGGUGUGUUGCCGAUGGUCUGGCGAGUGCGGUGAUUUGAACAAGUGCACCCAGUCAUACUGCGAGGUUUAA